AUGACUCCUCAUCGCCGCUCCUUGUACUACAAUCCGGCUGCCUGGACUUGGACAACGAAGGGCCUUAACUCCGCUGAUGUGGUCGAAACUUUUCAUUUGCAGGUCGAAGGGCACCAUCCAUCUCCCCUUGUCCCUCUGCCCAGUGUGGCCAAAUCCCUCGGGGUCAAAUCGGUCUAUGCGAAAGAUGAAACCAACCGACUAGGGCUCCCGGCUGUCACCAAUCUUGGCCUGUCUUGGGCAGUCUUUCGAGCGUUGACCGAACGACUGGGAUUGCCAAAAAGUUCUACCAUCGAGUCAGUCAGAAAGUGUCUGAUUACGAACCCCGUCACUCUCUUCGCUGCAUCGGACAGCAACCACGGACUCGCUGUGGCGCGAGUAGGCUCGCUCUUUGCAAUUUCCGUCCAGAUAUACGUCCCAUCGUAUACAACAGCAGACACUAUCGUCCUCAUCCGUGCCGAAGGUGCAAAGCUUGUUGUUGCCCCCGGAAAAUUGUACUGCGAUGCACUAUCGCAGGCACAAGCCGCCUCUCGUGAGCACAAUGGUAUACUUAUUCAGGAAGAGGCAAUCCAUGACCACCCGCGCAUCCCACAGUGGAUGGCAGAGGGCUACUCGACUCUCAUGCGGGAGCUAGAUAGCCAGCUCAUGGGAGAGCAAGCCGAUCUCGUAGUAUGUCCUGCGGGAAAUAGCGCGCUUGUACAAGCUGCCGUUAACUACCUCAAGGCACCAGGAAGAAGCCCUGCGGCCUUUAUUGCUGUUGAGCCAGACACGAACCCGUCCUUGUGGAGGAGACUGGCCCGAGAAGAAUCUGCUGGUGUAAACGACAACCGUGAGGCACUACUCGAGGCUGCUUGGCUAGCUUUGAAGCACGGAAUUGACGCCAGCGCGACGGUCUCUGACUACGAAGGUCAUCUGGCAAGCCUUGAGCUACAAACCACUGGGGUGAGUGCAGGACUAGCUGGUGCGUCCGGACUGGCUGCUCUCCGCCGACUGGAGGAACAUCACAAGGAGCAGCUGGGGUUGAAUGAGAAUUCUGUCCUUGUCCUUAUAUGCACCGAGGGACUUUCACCCUACACGACACCCAAGGAUGUCUCAUCGGACGAUGUCAUCACCCUGACCCAAACAUUGGUGCAAUUCGACUCCUCCAACCCCGACUUUGGUUCAACGCCUGGUCCUGGAGAGACGGCUAUUGCCAACUACAUCACUUCGUGGCUCGAGCAUCGUGACAUCGAAACUCACUGGAUUGAGCCCACUCAAGGACGGCCUUCCAUUAUUGGUGUUGUGCGCGGCUCUGGAGGUGGCAAGAGCCUUAUGUUUAACGGGCACAUGGACACUGUCACGCUGCUGGGCUAUAAUGGCGAUCCUUUGAGCGGCAGCAUUGUUGACGGCAACAUGUACGGUCGAGGCACUGCCGACAUGAAGAGCGGUCUUGCGGCUGGCAUGCUAGCGGUUGCUAGUGCCAAAUCGAAGAAGAUGAAAGGUGACGUGAUUCUCGCCGCGGUUGCGGACGAAGAGUCAGAGAGCGUUGGGACCGAACAAGUGCUCCAAGCUGGCUGGAGAGCGGAUGCGGCAAUUGUGGCCGAACCUACGGAAAUGGCUUUGAUCAAUACGCAUAAAGGUUUCGCAUUGUUUGAGGUCGAUAUCCAUGGCGUGGCGGCCCACGGGUCUCGUGCCGACCUGGGCGUUGACGCAAUAUGCAAAGCUGGAUACUUCCUUGUUGAGCUCGACCGUCAUGCUCAAGAGCUCCAGGAGCGAUUUGGCGACGUAAAGCCAGAAACGGGGGCACCGAAUAUCCACGCCGGCGUGGUUAGGGGCGGCGAGGAGAUUGCUUCCUACCCAGCCCUCUGCACUAUCUUCAUUGAGCGUCGUACAAUCUCUGGAGAGACUGCCGACACGGUGAGGCUUGAACUUCUGCGCAUCUUGGAUAAACUCGCAGCAACGGUUCCCAACUUCAAAUUUAACUUGCGCUCGACCUUUUCGCGAGCUCCCUAUUUCAUUCCCAGAGAUCACGACUUUGUCACACUGGUCGCCAAGCAUGCCGCCCAAGCUACAGGCGCGAAGCCAAUUAUCAAAGGGGAAACUUACUGGACGGACAUGGCCUUGCUGGACGAGAAAGGUAUCCCCGGUUUGAUUUGGGGCCCCAAGGGAUACGGUCUCCACGCCAAAACGGAGUGGGUUGAGGUCGAGUCAGUGCGACAACUUGCGGAAGCAUUUGUUGGCAUUACGGAAGAUUUCUGUAAAUAA